AGGAGGGACGCUGACAUCACCGCCGGAGCGCGGCUCGGCGGGGCCGGGAGCCGGCUCCGCUCCGCUCCCGUUCUCCGCUCCCGCCGGUGGAGCCACCGCGCCCGAGGAGGGAUGUCCCCAGCACGGUGCGGAUGAGGCCAGGCUAACGAGGACCCUCGAUUGUCCCCUCUACCCCCAUUAGCCUCAUUCGCUCCCCUCCGGUGAAGAAACAGCUCCUUACCCACACCUGAGCCAACGAGCCCCUGGUGCGGCUCCACAGCAGUUCCGGCCUUGGAGGGUCAGGAGCCGCUCUCCAUCUCACAGAUUUUUCCAGCACCGAGGUUUCCAUCGUGGUGUGCAGGGAAGGGAGCGCUCCCAACCCCACACAGCCCGAGCCCAGCCACAGCUGUCCCUGCGGCCACCGCGGGCCCCCCAUGCCCGGCCGGGGCUCGCUGUGACCACGCCAUGGCCUCCUCGGACGGGCUGCAGUACCGGGCUCUCUACGAGUACCAGAAGGACCGGGAGGAGGACCUGGCGCUGUGCCCCGGGGAUGUGCUGACGGUCAGCAGGGCCGGGCUGCUCAGCAGCCCCAACUACAAGGACGGGGACGAGCGCAACCCCCAGGGUUGGCUGCACGGCGUCAACGAGCGCACCAAGGAGCGCGGAGACUUCCCCGGCACCUACGUGGAGUACCUGGGUCCCACCCGCAUCGCCACCGCCGCCACCAAGGCCAGGCCGCGGCCCUUGCCCCUGCCACCCGCCGGGACCCCCACGCCCUGGGGACUCCCCGGGCAGGCAGAGCUCGCCGAGCACCCCGCUCUCCCCGAGCAGGCGCUGCCGACCGUGGCCAGGCUCAUCGAGGCUCUGGAAAAACAAGGGCUCGACAGCGAGGUGCUCUACAGGUCGGGCCCCGGCGUGCUGGGGGAUGCCGAGCUGAAACAGGCCCUCCUGGCUGAUGCCUCAGCUGUGGACAUGGACCUGUAUGAGGCCCAGACACUGGCAGACGCCCUGAAGUGGUACCUCCAGGAGCUCCCCACACCCCUCAUCCCUCCAGCUCUCUACAGUGACCUGGUCCACAUGGCUCAAGAAACCCCAGGCCUGGAGGAGUGUGGCCAGCGAGCCAGAGCCCUGCUGGCCCCCCCAGCCCUGCCGCAGCCACAGGCACUGCUCCUGCGCCAGCUCGCCCGCCACUUCUGUCACCUCUGCCAGGGCAGCCACCGCAGCCGCCUCUCACCCCGAAUCCUCGGGGAGCUCUUCGGGGAGCUGCUUCUGCGCCCUGUGGCGGCCAGCACUGAGGCAGGCCCUGAGCUCCGUGCAAGGAUCCUCGAGUCCUUCAUCAUGGCCAGUGAGGUGGCAGAGCUGCCGACAGCUCCUGCUCUUCCUCCAAAGCCCCCCAAACCAAUGACUCCAGUCAAUACAAAUGGAAUAAAGGACAAUUCCAGUUUCUCUCUGCAGGAAGCAGAGUGGUACUGGGGAGACAUCUCAAGGGAAGAAGUCAAUGACAAAUUACGAGACAUGCCAGAUGGAACAUUCCUGGUGCGUGACGCAUCGACCAAGAUGCAGGGAGACUACACUCUGACCCUGCGGAAGGGUGGCAACAACAAACUGAUAAAGAUCUAUCAUCGGGAUGGAAAAUACGGCUUUUCUGAUCCACUGACAUUUAAUUCCGUGGUGGAACUCAUUAACCACUACCGCAAUGAGUCCCUUGCUCAGUACAACCCAAAGCUCGAUGUGAAGUUGAUGUAUCCCGUGUCCCGGUACCAGCAGGAUCAGUUGGUGAAAGAAGAUAAUAUAGAUGCAGUAGGUAAAAAGCUUCAAGAAUACCAUGCUCAGUAUCAGGAAAAGAGCAAAGAGUAUGACAAAUUGUAUGAAGAAUAUACCAGAACAUCCCAGGAAAUUCAGAUGAAGAGAACUGCAAUUGAAGCAUUUAAUGAAACAAUUAAGAUAUUUGAGGAACAGUGCCACUCACAAGAGCGAUACAGCAAAGAGUACAUCGAGCGAUUCCGCCGGGAGGGGAACGACAAAGAAAUUGAACGGAUAAUGAUGAACUAUGAAAAAUUAAAAUCACGCCUGGGUGAGAUCCAUGACAGUAAAAUGCGUCUGGAACAAGACUUGAAGAAACAAGCUCUGGACAACAGGGAGACUGAUAAGAAAAUGAACAGUAUCAAGCCUGACCUAAUUCAGCUCCGCAAAAUCAGAGAUCAGUAUCUUGUAUGGCUCAAUCACAAGGGGGUGAGACAGAAGCGAAUAAAUGACUGGCUGGGGAUCAAAAAUGAAAAUAUUGAUGACACAUACUUUGUGAAUGAAGAAGAUGAAAACCUGCCACAUCAUGAUGAGAAAACUUGGUUUGUUGGGGAUCUCAACCGUAUCCAAGCGGAAGACUUGCUCUGUGGGAAACCUGACGGAGCAUUUUUAAUUCGUGAGAGUAGCAAGAAAGGAUGUUAUGCUUGUUCUGUGGUAGCUGAUGGAGAGGUGAAACACUGUGUGAUCUACAGCACUCCGAGAGGCUAUGGGUUUGCAGAACCAUACAACCUGUACAGCACACUUAAGGAUUUGGUUCUUCAUUACCAGCAGACAUCCCUUGUCCAACACAAUGAUUCCCUAAAUGUCAGGCUUGCCUAUCCUGUCUACGCACAGAUGCCCCCCUCUCUCUGCAGGUAAAUUUUGGGGAGGAGGAAAGCGUUGGCUUAUCUUGGAUUCUUUUCUACGAUUUUUAUUAGAACUCGGAGGGCAUUCUUUCUCCUUAGACUGCUUGUUUUGCACAAGAAGUGAUUCUGUGAAUGUGAAUCAAAAAGAGGCCUAGCAGCAACAAGACGACAACUUGGGUGUAGGUGUCCUGGUGCUACCUUAAAAGCUCAGCUGUGCUUUUACACCGAUACUUUUGUUUCCUUAUGAGGGGAAUAAACUCAACGCAACGCAUACAAAAAUACUGGAAGCAGAGCAUCAUUUUAUGGAGAUGAUUUUUUGCCAGGCACCUUCAGUGGAACUUCUAAUUGGAUUUUGUUUUCUCUUGUUCUAGUAGACACAAUUUGAAGCCUCUACCCGAGGCACUGGUAAUGUCUUUCAGUCUUAAACUCCCAACAAACUAGGGGAAAACUCUGCCACAGCAAUUCUUCUCUGCUAAUUUUAGCAGCUUCACUGCGAUUCAGCCGGACUUCCAAAAGAGGGCUUGUCUUGAGGUAGCAUGGAAUUUGGUGAGAGAAGACCAAAGGAAUUAUGGGAAAGCUUCAGGUUUUUAUUUAAAUGGAAAAACGCUUGUAAAAGGAAAGUUGCUUUAUUUUUUUGCCAACAGUAACAAAAGUUUUGGUUUCAAUGGCACUACAGGUCUUCGCUUAAAGGAAAAAUAACCAAACUGAGCACGCCAAAACUUUGUUCGUUGCUAGAUCGAGCACUUACAGGGGAGGUUGCAUUAGCAUCCGCACAUACUUUCUGCACCAAAACUUGAAACAAAUAAAAGGAAAAGCUAAACAUUGUGUGGCUUCAAAACACUAAAUUUGUCUGAUCUGAUGUAAUUGCUCACUCUCCUCUUUCUUCACCCCCUCUCCCUCCUGUUCUUCAGACUGGGAUUCUGUUUUCAGAGUUUUAAUGAUACUGUGCUUCAGAAUGUAAACCAGAAUGAAGCUUGCACUGACCUGCUGCAGGUCUCUUGCUGAACAGUGACAGACUUGUCACUUGUAACAUUUGAUUUUGGUACAGAAGAGGUCGGUGUAAUCAAAUGCUCCUGGAUGGCUUAUUGUAGCCUGUGCUUUGGUGGGGUAUAGUUACUUCCAGUUGUAAGAAGUGAGCAUGCUAAUCCUAGAUCUCCUCUGAUUUGUUCUUUGCGAGCUGGGUUCUGAACUCUCACACCACUGCAGCCAAGCAAGAUUUUACUCUGGUAUUAUCUAAAUUCCCUUGUAGUUAUUUUAGACACGAUGCAAAACACAGGAAGGGAUGAGAGCCAUACUCCUCAGUUAUUGGAUGUCUGGUAACAUCCUUUGGCAGGGGCUGCUGUCAAAUACUGGAGUGGGUAGUCCUGGGCUUCAUCAACUACAGCAAUCAUCAAAUAAAUCCCCUCCCUGGAAAGUGUACAAAGCAGCUUAUUUCCAUUCCUUAAGCUUCUAAAAUGAAAAAGAGCUAAGUUUGGCAAACUGAACCACUUGGCAUCAAAGCACAACUGGCAAAGCAAUUGUUCAGUGUGCAACCUUGAAAGUUACUUUUGUUCCCAUUACUGGAAGCGUUUCCCUUGCAAUGCACCCAUUGUGAAGGACAGGAAGCAGACAGUCAUGCAGGUCUGAGAAUGCUGGAGACCCAUUUCUGACCCUGGGGCUGAUUUCCUGUUCAAAUGGCUUUUUUUUGUAAUGCCUGGGCAGUAGUGCCAGGCUUGUUGAUGUAUAUUGUUUACACUAGAAGUAUUAUUUCACUGAAUGUCUUGAAUUGGCAGGUAGGGAAGUGACAAGGCUGGAGCACUGACAGCCAUUGUAGGAAGGGUAGUCUGGUUGCCUGGCAUGCCAUGACAUUUUUUAUUUUGCACUAAUGACCCUGACACAUCCCAGACACUUCCUAAUUGGCCAGAGUGCAGUCUUCAGGCAAGGAAUUCUGUAGAUGCCACUUUUCUCAUUUAAAUGAUACCCUACAAAGCUUAACCAAAACUCAAAACCGUGUGAGAGAGGAAUAAAAGGCACAUAAGCUGCUAUGUCAAAAUGAACCACAUCUGUUUGUGUGUCCCUUCUACUUCCCCAGGAAAAAUGAGACACAGCCUUUGCUGUUAGUGGAAAUCUUGAAUGGUUUCCUCAGUGGUCUGUGGACAUGGAAUUUUUUUCUUGGCUAAUUUGCAGUUCUAAUCUGGUAGCUGUACAGCUGCCAUUCUCACACCUCUCAGGCAUCUAGCAUUCCCUUGAUGCUGGGUUGAGACCAAAUGCUCAGUCAAGGAAAUCAGUUCAAAGGCACAAAUGAUAGCCAGGUGCCUCACGCCUCUAGAAAAACCUGUGUGAGAGGAGUGUCUGAUUUUUCCCUGCCCUUGUGAUCUCUCUGCACUCUCUUACUGAUAGUGUUAAAAUCUGAGGCUGAGGAGGCCCAUAUUUCUGAUCCCUGCUUUUGUGACAGAGGUAACCUGGCCAAAGUGUUUCACAUCUGCCCCAGUUUCAGGUAGGGCUCAGUUUUGUUUUAAACAGGCACAGAUCUACUUCCAGGCUCAUAAAUCCUGGCACACCCUCGCAGUCCUGACAGCAGCAGGAUAGCAGAGCAGGGCUGUCUGAAGUCUCCCUGUAGUGGAAUCUGAUUGAUCCUGUGAGGUCUUGGUCCAGGCUCCAGCCCUGGCUCUGCCAAGGUAAAUACGGUGUAAUUCCAUUAGCAUCUGUGAAGGUAGCUUGGCUUUAUCGUGGUGUGAGUGAGUUGGGACUCUUGGCCCUUUGCUCCCCAAGCUCUUUUUGCUGAUCACAGGUGAUGUAUUUGCUGUGAAUGAUGCACCCAGAGCCAAUAAGCCAUCCUGGAGUGUUCUUUGAAGGUCUGUUUUGCCCAAACUUUCAGAGCAGGGCUACGGGCAGACAAAGCCUGCAUUCCUUGUACUGGCUCCAUUAUUCUGAGCGAGCUCCUGAGGCUGUUUUGCCAUGGUCUCUCUCUGUGUUUGGUUUAGGCACCUGAAAUCCCAGCUGCUGCCGUGGCUCCCCAUUGAUUCACACGUGCUAUUGCACAGGUUCUUUUUGUAACUAUUUUGCACUCACAGAGCAAAUGAAAAUUGGUAUAAAAUCAACUGACACAUGUAGCUGGUGUGAUCUGUGGGGCAAGGGCUUGGUCCUGCACCUCUUAUUGUGCUUGGCCUAAUUCUGUUUGCUCAGUAGCAUUAGACCUGUGAGAAAACCCACAGCUUCCAGGAGCUGUUCUACACUUGCAUGACUGAGAAAUCAGAAAUGGGCCUGUGAGGUGCAGGAUUACACCCCAGGAUGAAAAGCAGCUGUUAAGCCUGAAACAAAUACAGGAAACGUGAACACAAAGGCAAAACAAAGAAACUCAAGUUCUUUUAAAGCAGUAAGAUGUGAGAAGGUUUUAAUUUUAAGAGUCAGAACAUGAGGAGGAAAGGGGGAAGUAGCCUCACUGUCGUAGCAGCCAUCUGGUACCAGGCUGCAGUUAGAGGAACAUUGAUCUCACUGACCCAUAUUGUAUUAAAUAUAUAUGUAGAGUUAAAUAAAUAACUUUUGCACAGUGUUAAAUGGGGGAGGGGGGGAAGGGAUGCUGAAACUCGAAUAUGCAGUUUCUUCUAAUCUGUUUUGAAGUAUAUUUGCAGGGAAUUAGGGGUGAUUCAGUAUUUUGUAUUGGUAUGGAUGGAAAUCAGGUCUGCUUCCACAGUUGCCAUUGGCCCCGUUGUGUCAGCCAUGAGUGCCAUGUUUUUGAAGUUAGUAAGUUAUAAAUCUUUUCCCACAAGUUUGUUUGUUGAUUACAAGUAAUCUGGGCAUGGGAAGAACCAACCUAGAAACAGAGGGAUGUCCCAACAGAUGCUUCACUAGUGUGUGAAGCAGUAAUGUGCAAUUGUCCACCUUCUGAUGCUGGACUGCUCUAGUUCUGGGGGUUUGUCUUUGGGUUUUUAUUUCAUUCUCAUCAGCAGUGAAGUGAGUAGCUGCUUUGCACUGCUGGUAGUUGCAAUCUAGAGUUAUAUCCAGUACAGUCCUUUGUCUUAUGCCAAAAGUAAAAUGCUCUUUCCACACUCAUCUCUCCUGAGGUGGCAGAUGUUCAAGAAGUUUUCCAUUUAAUCUGGUGGGCCUGAUUCUUUUCUCGCUGACAUUGGUGUUAGCAAGACUUCCACAACCAAAAGCCAUUCCCAGGAAAAAAAACUUGCAUUUAAUCACAGCUGAAUUCUAGUCACAGCAGGGCAAAAAUCAAAGUUUUUCCCUCUCAAAGCCAAGCAACUGUAAUGGGACUGUGGAAAUGAAUGCUGACACUUAGUGCUGUUUUGGGGAGGACAGGAGAAGGAAGAGGGUCUUGGUUGCCCAAAAUCCUGGGCUCUCUGCAGGCUUAGGUGGCACCAUGUCUGUAACUGAAUGCUGUGACUGUUUAAAACAGCAGAAUUGCUAUAGGAGUGUCACACUUUAAGUUUGGAAAAGCCCCUUAUUUGGUACUUGAACAAUCUCGCUUCUGUUUUUGAAUGUCUGUUUAUUUUUUAUUUUUUGUUACACUAACAGGGAAUAAAAAUCUGAAAUGUUAGUGAGUCUUGUAUGCUUGCUGCAUUGUGCAGACAUGAAACAGGUACUGCUUGUGGAUCAGGAGGGCUAAGAGACAGGUUCAAAAUGCAGUUUAUAAAGCACUAAGAUGGGUUGGGGGUUGUUUCAGUUAGACCAUGUUUAUAAUCAAGUUUCCUUAUGUGUAGUUUCCGUAUAGUUGAUUGGCAACCUCCUCUUUUGCAAUAGCAAAACCAAAAUAACAUUCCCGAAGAACAAAAAUUCUGUUAGGGGAGGGGGGUCAGGCUUGCUCAAAUCAGCAUUCAAAGCAAAUAGCUUUAGUGGAGAGGAAGGAUCAGCACCCUAAAGCAUCCCUCUGGUUGUAGUUUGAUGAAGCAGAAGACAGACCGUGAAGCAGAAACCUCUGCCUGGAACCACAAAAUAAGAGGAGAUACCAGAGCAGACCCUUCCCUUUGGAAUAACCAGUUGUACUCUCCUUAAAAGCACAUGCAGGAGAGGGUUAGGGAAUUGAUACAAGUGCUAGAGGAGCUGCUGCCCUUUCUGCAUGGGAAGGGAACUUGCACUGCUGAUCCCCUUGUUUCCCUUGGCACACGAGCAGCCGGGAGAAGGGAAGGACCAGCCCAAAGAAGCACUGGCCUGUUCCUCAGGAGGCUGGGCCAGUUCAGCACUGCAUGAGCAGCAGCUUUGGAUGGGGUUACGUGAAGUUUGGCCAACAUUUUUGUGAAUCUUGCAUUCUGUGGGCAGAAAUACUUUCCACCGAAUGGGAAGGGGGAAAAAAAAAAAUCCAAAAAAAAUUCUCUCUUGAAAUCUUUUCAGUUCCUUCCUGUUUGUUCAAAGGGGCAGAUUGGGAGCUUUAGCUUGUUAACUGUUUAGAUGAUGACAGUGCUUGAAGUGCUGCUCUUUGGGGCUGGCUCCAUACAAUUAAUGCAGAAUUUGCAUUUUUAAAAUUGCUAUUGGCAUAGACUCACCGUAUUUUAUGACUAGACUCGCCAUUUGUUCUAAAGUUCGCCUUUAAAAAACGUAAUAUGAGCUUCAGAGGCAAGUAAAAAAAAGUGAGACGGGCCCUUUUUGAUAGGAAAAAAAACUGCUUCGUUGAUCAACCCGUAUUAGAGAAAGCAGCUUUAAUUUGAUGCCCCCCUCCACCACCUUCCCUUGGGAUUGCUUCUGUGAGAUCGGCAUUGGCAAAUGAGGGGAGGGACAUUUCCCCCUGUAUCCAGCACCGCCGUUCCCAUGCACUUCCCAAGUGCUUGUAGCAAGAGGCUCGGGAUCGUUUGGAGAAAGUUACUGCAUCCAAAGACAAAAGAAAAGGUCUCUAAGGGUGACUGUCACCCCCCAGCAGGGGCUUGUAGGAUGCUGGGGCCGGCCCGAGCUGCCCCGGGUCUCUGUUGGCUGCAGGGAGAGGGGGGCUCACGUUCACUCAGCUGGGUCGGGGUUUGGAUCUGUUUUGUUUUCGUGAGUGACUUCUACAUCCAGCAAAGAUCUGUUUGAUGAAAACCUGUUAAUUUUGUAUAUCUGGCUGUUUAUUGCACCAUGGGAUUGUAAUGGUCUGCAUCAUCCGUGUGUGUGUGUGUGCGCGUGCGUGUGUGUGUAUAUGUACUGUAUGUAUAUAGAUAUAUGUAAAAUAUAUUCACGUACACAUUUAUAAGCAUUAGCUGUAAGUGGCACUGCCCCUUAAAAAUAAAACAAAACUCACUGUUAGCACAUUCUGCCACGUGUUUAGGCAGAAUUGGGUUGGUUUUUUUGUCAAACGAAAAGGAGUUUAUUGUGUUCAUCUUGCAUAUGUGCUUCUGAAAUGCUGAACUCUGGAUUUCCUCAGGGGGGUUGCUACUAUAUUUGUAAACAGAGUUGAUUUGGGGUGUUAUUUACUCUGGGACAAAGCAUUCAACCCUGUCCCAAGCAGAGGCUUGGCAAAAGAAACCCCUCUUGCUCUCCUGUGAGACGCAGUGAUUGUUUGCACGUUCAGUGGCCCCUCAGUGUCCCCUGUCCAGAGCUGAUGUGCAAUGGGUGGUGUUGGUGCGUGUCCCUUUGUGAGUGGACUCUUUGUACAAGGUGUGGUUCAAUGUAAAGCAUGAGUGGGUGUUUGAUCUUGUGUCGAGGGCUGAAAUAACAGCACACUCCUUUGUACAACCUUUGCAUCAAUGUUUCUGCUUUUCUUUGACUUCUAUUUUCUUUAAGGGAAACUGCAUCUGUUAAGAACCUGCUUCUCCAGAAGCUAUUGAAUUAUUUUGUUUUCCAGAUGAAUUCCAGCAUGUAACUUUGGUACUCUUGUUUGUUAUUUGUGUAAAAUCUGUUCUUCUGUCGUUUAUGGUGUAGUCGGGGAGGGGGGUGGGGGGGAAGAAAAGAAAAAAAAAAAAGGAAUUCAUGUAGUUUAACUUUUAAAGAAAAGAAACAAACUGCUUCAUAAGGAAACCAAGUGUAUGUUAGUGUUUUCUGACAAGUCAUCCUGUAGUUUCUAGCUCAGUAAUGCAACACUGUACUUGUCACCGGGUGUGUUACAAUUUUGCUGUACUUUCUUUUACUAGAUGGUUGGGCUUUUAAAUCCCAGACACUAAGCAUCCUGGGCCUACUUGCUCUAGAUCAAAAAAAAAAACGCAAUAAAAAAAAAAAUUGCAAUAAAGCACAUUGACAUGUAAUGUUUUAGAAGGAUGUACUGACAGCUGUUUCUAAUAAAUUCCGAACUGCAGC